AACACUUAACUUUAACUAGUGGAAGUUGUUUGUACUUCCAAUCUUAAAAUCUUAACUCUUAAACUUUGAGGGAGUUGAAAUUACUCUCCUCUCUUAAAACUCAAAUCUUGACUUAAAUACUUGACUGACACUGGGAUCCCUCACUAGCUAGUCCGGUUGCCAACUCAUACGUAUGAGAAGCCAUUCAGGCUUUCAUUAAACUUAAACUUAGUUAGGGAAGUCGUAACGAUUCAUCCCCCUAACAUCUUAAACUUAUCGUGGUGGCUCUUCACCACGAUUCUCAAGGGCAUAACUGCUGCCCAUCUUAAAAAUCUCAAGAGCAUAAAUGUUGCUCUAUCUCAAACUGUCUCAAAAGGCAACGGACUGGCGCUAGUGACUAAAAACACUUAAAACGACUUCACCUUCUUCAAGGUGAGUUACUUCUUUAAAAAGAACUUGGUUCUUAAACUUUAACUAUACUUAUACUCAGGGCAAUUUCAAGGUAAAUAACAACCAUUCACUUCAAGUCAUAAUUCAACCAAAGCACAUACCAUCAACAUAAUCAUGCAAUAUCAAACAUGAAUCAAAUACUGCACGUACAUCACGUAAAUCUAUACUUGAAAAACCGUAAGGCGUAGAAUUUACCCCCUUUACACUCACCUGAUCGUUCAAGUUGAUCCACUUGGCUUCACGAUUAAUUAAGAAUGCUUCUCAAGGUUCGUUCCUCCCCCGGUAGCGUGGUCUCGUACUCCCUAUUUCCUUAUACAUUACCGUAUCCUCCAAUUAAAAGUGAGCACAAAAGUAGAUUGUAACAAUCUCAGUUCCUAUGUGGUAGAUGGCUUCCAAUUAUUUGGUCCCAUGAACUAAUUUCCCUACUGUAUCUCAUUUCUUCCAUUUUGUAUGAUGAGACACAUUCCUCAACGUGUCCAUUACCUAGGUCACCCACUUAGCUUCCUCAAACUUCCAUGCCACCUCGUUUACCUAGUUGGACACCUAUGUUUACAAUUGCUUUAACAAGCUGAAUUGUGCACUCAUCCAUGAUCAGUACGUGUGCCACCUAAACAUGCACCCAAGUUUAUAUAAUCACUUUUUCCUCCAGAAGAUUCGAUUGGCAUGAAGAGUUAACAUUCCACCAUUGAUAUUACUUGCCCUUUUUUAAUUCUUCUUCUCACAACUACUCCCCCACUUUAAUCAUGACUAUGAACACAUUUAUGCACCCCGUCCAUUCCAUACCUAAACCCCACCCUCCAAUAGCCAUUUAACUAUGCAUGAACCUCCACCUCUAAACAUAUAAUCCACGGAAAACCCCCACUCCACUUACUACCUCAAAUCAAAGCAUUACAUCCACUGAUUUCCAUGUAUAUAUCCUCCCGAUUACUCAUUAUCAUUUUGGCACAGCCCGAGGGAAGUAAUUAAUAAUAUCAUAAUCAACACAACCAUGAAACCCAAAUUGACGCAUGAAGAAAGGAUCCGAAAGCACAAGAUGCUUACUCUGAAGGCCCAGCGAUCCUCCGCAGCACAGAGAAAGGCCAGCGGCUGCAGUUUGGACGGGUUCCUGCUACUCUAUCGAUCGGCCUCGACCCUAGCGUCCACCACCACCUGCGUCCAACUCGAUCGUACCCGGCUGAUCAUCGAGCUGCUGAGAUGAGAGAAAAGGCUGGUGGGUUUAUUCUUUAUGCACGAUAGGGGGUUGGGGAAGGGUUGAGGGCGGCGGAUUCUCUGCUGCGGGAGGCUUGAGGUUUUCUUCGCUUGGGGAAGGAAAGCAGAGAGGCGGCUGGUUUCUAUUUGAUGGCGUUUGGGAAUUAAAGGAGAGCGGCUGGGGAUUUAAGUUGUGGAGGGCGGCUGGGAUGUAAUUACAUGAAGGGGCCGUUCGGCCCCAGGUCGAGUAUACCCUUUUUUUUAAUAAUAAUAAUUAUAAUAAUAACAAUUAUUAUUAUUACUAAACCGCGAGAAAUCCUUAGUACGUAAUCGUUAAUCCAACCGUUCACGUAUUAUGGUCGAACCUGAACCCAAAGGUCGGGGUGUUACAGAAGAAAUGGGCAUUGUGUGAGAACGUGAAAAAGAUUCCGCCUUUGCUCUCUCUGUUUCUUCCUCUCGGAGCUCGGAUGAGAGCUGAGUGAAAAGGGAAAGGGGGAAAAGGGAGAGAAGGGAAAUUCCCUAAUCCAUCUGCGAUUUACAAUUCGCGGGGGGGGGGGGGGGGGGGGGGGGGUCUCGGGUUUGGGUUUAGGGUAAAUUAAUUGGGUUGGUUCGGGGGUUUGGGCAAGAAUGGCUGACUGGGCGGGUAAGGGUGAGCUGGCGGGUCGGGUCGUCGUUUUUUAAUGUUUAAAUGUGCUGACUGUGUCUUUCUGUUAGCCACGUCAUCACUUAACGGUCGUCAUUAACGGAGUCUAACGGAGGUUAACGGAGAGUGACCGAACUUGGACUGUUCAACUAAUUCGAGUGACUAUAAAUGGAAUAAAUCAAUUCGGGUGGCAAACGUGAAAUUUUUAAGCAAUUCGAGUGACCAAACUUGCAAUUAAGCCGAUAAAAUAAUUAUGUCCACUUUUUAAAUCAUUCAGGAUGUAAUUUUAUAUUUAAAAAUACUUGGUAAAUUAAAUAUAUGUCGACACUAUCAAGAAUAUCACUAUAUGGUGGGGUAUUCGGUGCACCCACUUUUUUGGGUGCAUUCAAUGCACUUGUCUCAGAAUCGUCAUUUCGAGCAUGCGAUUCAUGUCAAAACGGUAUCAAUCGUCGCUUAUGAAAUUAUGAACAAGAAACACAUGAAUUUGAAAAGAACUCAUUCAAGAUUUACUUUGUUUUGAUGGAUUUAGGAUUUAGGGUUACGGUUUAGGUUUACGAUUUUAUGUUAUAUCAUCAUAUUAGAUUAAUACUACCAAUUGAAGUUCAAAAUUCGAUGUAUUAUGACCACUUUAGAGUUGGGUGCUAAAGUAACCACCUUCACUAUAUAUGUAUAUUAUUUAUGAUUUAGUUAGAUAUUUUCUUUUGGAUAAUUUUUUGUCAAUACCGUUUAGUAUCACUAACUUAAAUUGGUGGGAAGAAUUUUAUAAUGGAUCUUAUAUUAUUUAGUAUUUACUAACACUUCCCCGCUAACGGAAACCAACUUAUAUGUGCUUAAAGUUUUCAUAAAUACGAAUAUCAUGUGCUUAACAAAUGAGGUAGCCAAUAUUUAAACAAAUGAUAUCUUGGUCAAUCAUUCUCAAUUAGAAGUGUCCUAAAUUUCAUUAUCAGUUAGCUAUUAUACUAAUUUACUCAUUUUCGUCCUUAAGAGCCUCCUGUUACACUCUCUGUCAGUGAUUGAAAUAAAAUUAUUUUUACAAAGUAGCUAUGAAUUGGUGAAAAUUUGUAUUAGAUAUAUAAUAAGUAAAUCUCUAAUUUUGAGCAGAUCAUAUGCACCAUCAUCAUGUGUACAUAGCUCGUUAUAAAGACAUUGAAUAUGC